GCCACAUUUGAAUUUACAAGAAGCAAGCAAUGAAAAAAAAUGCAGAGUCUAAGCACAAAAGAUUUGAUGGGGUGUGAGGAGGGGAGGGGGGUCAAGAGAACAGGAAACCAAGUUGACGGGAAACCCAAGUGACAUUUGCUUUUAAUGAAUGACUUAUAACCCUAAUAUUGCUCGUCAGGAAGCGGGGAGAGGAAACUGAGAGAUGUUUUGAGAGUAUAAAUGAGGGGCUCAAUCAAGGUGAAGACUGCAGAUCUGCGUUUUACCCUCCAGUGAAAUUCAACCGAGAGCUGGACUAAGAGGAAAGGAACUCAACCUCACAGCAUGCGAACCUGCUGCACGGCGCUGCUGCUGCUCCUGGCUGCCAGCACCCAGCCUGCCAGGUGCUCGCCCACCGAGCCCGGCUGCCUCCACUUGUCUGACCUCCUGCCAGCAAAGCUCAAGGAGCUGAGGAUGAAGUUCGAGGAGAUUAAAGACUACUUUCAAUCCAAAGAUGAUGAACUUAGCAUCCAGCUGCUCAGCUCCGAACUGCUGGAUGAAUUUAAGGGGACCUUUGGCUGCCAGUCGGUGUCGGAGAUGAUGCGGUUCUACAUGGAGGAGGUCCUGCCCAGCGCCAUGAAGAACAGCGAGGACCACCAGCAGAGCAUGGGCGACCUGGGCAACCUGCUGCUGAGCCUGAAGGCGAUGAUGAGGCGCUGUCACAGGUUCCUCACAUGCGAGAAGAGGAGCAAAACCAUAAAGCAGAUCAAGGAGACGUUUGAAAAGAUGAACGAGAACGGAAUCUACAAGGCGAUGGGGGAGUUUGACAUUUUCAUCAACUACAUUGAAGAAUACUUGCUGAUGAAGAGGAGGAAGUGAAAGCACCCACGGGGCAGCUGUCACACCAAGUCCUGCUACUUCUUCAGAAAUCACAGUGGGCUGAGAGACUAAGUUAUGCUAGGGCUCAGGUCAGGAGUUACAGAUCAAUAGCAAUUAGUAUCGUAUUUAAAAAUUAUUUUUUUUUACCAAUUGAAUUUAAUAUUUAUUAUUUCUAAUACCUCAGUGUUUAUGUUUACACAUUUUUAAUUUGAGAAAAGUAUGAUGACCUUGUAAACUACUAUUUAUUGUUCAAUAUUUUAUACUGUUUAUGAUAGUGCUAUUUUAUUCAUAGCUUCAAAACACCCAAAGCAGCAUUCUUCUGCUAAGCAGGUAAAUGAGCUGAGUUUAUUCUGAAUGCAAUUGCUCUGAGCAUGGUCUCUUGGUCAAGAGCUCUUCCAGCUCUGUGUUGAGCCAAGUUUAAUUGCAAACACCCCGUGAGCACUCUGCUCCUAUUCUUUCGGCUAUUUAUUUAUGCAGUCAGAUGUUUCCAUGCAUAACCAUGUCACUACCUCUGGUUCUGCAGCUGGAAUUAGGCACUGAAAUAUUCCAAAUUAUAGCAUGGCCUUGCACACAGAAAAAUAAUCAUAAAAUUAAUCAAGGGCAGGUUUUUUUUUCCUCUUUCACGAGGAAAGUCCUGCACUCCAGCAAAUGCGAUCAUGCUUCAGCAAUAGCUCAGUUAAAACCCACCUCUUGACUUCAGCCUAUAGAUUAGUCCAGGUUACAGAAAAGUAGUGAUAGGAAUUAAGCUUUUGGUUCUAAUAGAACUUGACUUAAAUGUUGCUGUCAACUGGCUUCCAGAGCCGCUGGGUCAGACACUCUGCACUUUUAAGAAUUAACUUUAGUAUUUUCCAGUCUUUGAUUGGGUUUUACCUACUGUUUGUUUUUUUUUUUUUUUUUUUUUUUUUUUUUUUUUAGAAGCUAGAGGGUAUUUAAUUAACCACCAUUUUAAGGUGGCUUGGGUAAUUUGCAUUCAAAUUCAUGAAGCUGCACACAGUACUGGCAAUAUUUGGUUUUGCUUCUAACUGGCCGCAUGAGGAGCUGCAGCAGAUGGGGCCUGCAGAUGAGGCUGCAGUGGGGCUCCACUGCCCCCCGAGAGCCUCCUGUUUUAGGGGUCCUCACCCACUGCCCCCAGUCUCCUGCAUGCCCCACGUGCACCGCAGGACACCGAGCCAGAGGGAAAUCCAAUAACCCCGAGGCAUUUGCUUCUAAUAUUUAGAAGUAUCAGGGCACCGGUAUGAUGAAACACUGUCAGUUUGCUGUUUGCUUUCCUGUCAUUUGUAAGUUACCACUGCAAAGAGCCUAUUUAUAUGUGAUUUACUCCAUUUUGACACGUGUGGGGACAGAAGGGCAUUCCUGCAGGCAGCAUGCCCAGCACCGCAGCAGGUCCUGCCCCGCAGCAGGGGAGCUGCUCAACGUGGUACCGUUGGCUCGAGGGCAGUGCUGGAGGCAGAUGCUGCAAAAAUCCACAUCACCUUCUUAGCGGUGCUCCGGCCAGCUCCUUGCUGCUUCUCCUCCAAGCUUUUUGCCUUCAGGGUGGCAGGGAGCUGAGCACAGCCCCGGCGCUGCAGCGCGCACCAGCACUGCGCCUCGGUGUAAAACUGCUGUUACUGCCUCAACUGCUCCACGUGGAUCUGUACGAAAAGAAACCUUUUAUUUUUGCUAAUAAAGACCUCAUGAUGAACAAAGCCUCUCUUCUGUU